AUGAGGAGCAUAUCCGUCCGACUGACUGGGUGUAACAGAGUACAGGGCACCUGUGUGUCCAGUGCAGGAGUCAGAAAGGGAGGUGUUGAUGGACGGGUGCGGAGCUUUGAGGAGAUCCCUCACACAGGGAGGAGUGGCUGGGUCAACCUGGUGAAGUUCUGGAGAGAAGAUUGUUUCGGGCAGUUCCACAAACACAUGGAGAGGACCUUCAAUGUCCUCGGCCCCAUCUACAGGGAGCAUGUGGGCACACAAAGGAGUGUGAACAUCAUGUUGCCAUCUGACAUUGGUGAGCUGUUUCGCUCUGAGGGCCUGCACCCCCAACGGAUGACCCUGCAACCGUGGGCCACACAUCGGGAGACACGCCAACAGAGCAAGGGGGUCUUCCUCAAGAACGGUGCAGAGUGGAGAGCUGACCGUCUACUGCUCAACAAGGAGGUGAUGAUGAGUGCGGCCGUAAAGCGUUUUCUCCCUCUCCUUGAUGAGGUGGCGAAGGAUUUCUGUCAAAUGCUGCAGGCGAGAGUCGAGAGGGAGGGAAGAGGAGAGGAGGGGAAACGCAGUCUGACCAUCGACCCUAGUCCUGAUCUCUUCCGCUUCGCGCUGGAAGCCAGUUGCCAUGUGCUCUAUGGGGAGCGUAUGGGCCUGUUCUCCUCAUCUCCAUCCCUGGAGUCUCAGAAGUUCAUCUGGGCCGUGGAGCGAAUGCUGGCAACCACCCCUCCUCUCCUCUACCUGCCCCAUCGCCUCCUGCUCCAUAUUGGCGCUCCCCUGUGGACCCAGCACGCCACUGCAUGGGACCACAUCUUCAGUCAUGCUGACGCUAGGAUCCAGAAGGGGUACCAGCGCCUGUCAUCCUCCCAGGGUCGAGGGUCUGAGGCUGGGGCAGCUGGCGGCAAGUACACCGGGGUUCUGGGCCAACUCAUGGAGAAAGGGAAGCUAUCUUUGGACCUCAUCAAAGCCAACAUCACUGAGCUGAUGGCUGGAGGGGUCGACACGACAGCAGUGCCCCUGCAGUUUGCUCUGUUUGAGCUGGGCCGCAACCCAGAGGCCCAGGAGAGGGUGAGGCAGCAGGUGAGGGCAUCAUGGGAACAGGCUGGUGGUGACCCUCACAGAGCACUGCAGGGGGUGCCAUUACUGAAAGGCACAAUCAAAGAGAUUCUCAGGUUAUACCCGGUGGGAAUUACAGUGCAGCGGAUGCCAAUCAAAGAUGUUGUUCUUCAGAAUUACCACGUACCUGCUGGGACGAUGGUCAACGUCUGUCUUUACCCCCUGGGAAGGAGCACGCAGGUGUUUGAGGAUCCACAGCGCUUUGACCCUGGCCGUUGGGGCAGCAGCAGAGAGGGAGGCCGAAGAGCAGAAGGGUCAGAGUUUCGCUCCCUGUCAUUUGGGUUUGGGGCGAGGCAGUGUGUCGGGAGGAGGAUUGCUGAGAACGAGAUGCAGCUCUUGCUCAUGCAUAUCCUGCUGAGCUUCCACAUCAGCGUGUUGUCUUCAGAGGACAUCAAAACCACAUACACCCUCAUCCUCCAGCCUGAAACUCCUCCAAGGAUCACUUUUAGCAUGCUCUGA